GGGUUUAUAUAUUUAGAUAGAGAGAGAGAAAGAGAGGUGGACAGAAGCAUAGAUAGCUAGAAAGGAAGAGGAGAGAGAAGAUUUUGGAUUGAGAAGGGAGGGUUUUGCGCUUGGGAUCUUGUUAGAUCGGACCCCGAAUUGUAAGAAAUCUUCACCACAUUUCUUGCUCUUUUUGGAUUUUUCUGCUGCUCUCCCCUGUUUUUGUUUCCGCACCAGCAAUGUGCCUCGAUCUAUGAAAGGUUCUUCCUUUCUUCGUCUUCUUUAUGUUUAUCUCUUCAUUUCUUCUUCUGGGUUUCCUGCUUUCCCAGUCCUGCCCACUCUCCUUCUCUUGUUUGUUAACUUGGACCAACCGAAGCUUUAUAUUAACAUACAGCGCUUCCCUGCAUCCCCACCCUUUCUAAUCUCUGUUUCUUCUUCUUUUUUGUCUCCUUUUUGGUUGAUUUGAAUUCUGAUGUUGGUUUAGCAAGAAGCGCCCUCGUUUCCUCCUUCUGCCUGGGUUUUCUUUUGUUUCCUUUUGUUUUGUUUCUUUCUGGGCUGGUAAAGUUCGGUUCCUGUCUCUUUCCUGUUGUUUCUGUUCUUGCACUAUCUGAGCUUGCAGCUGGAGGUUUACUUGCAUGCAUUUUCCCCUCUAUUGUCUGUGUAAUUUCUUUUGAUUUUUGGAUGUUCAAAACGAACUUCUUUUUAGAUUCUUAGUCUUGUGUAGUAAUUUUCCUGAUGCCUUAAUUUGCUCCUGCUUUUUGAAGGUUUCCCUUGCCUUACGUUCAAACCUCAUUUAUUCUGGCCCUUUUUAGUUGAUUCCUUUGUUUCCCCUUUCCCACAAUUAAGAGGAGUUUUCAAUUCUCCCGAGAUUCUUUCUUACUUACCCCUUUAGCGUGUUUCUUUCGUCCUUAAUGGGAUGUGGAGAGAGAGCUCUCCAAAAGCAGAAAAUUUGAGCUAGAAAUGGAGCUUUUUCAUUUUGAUCUGGGAAGGAUCUGAUCCUGGUCCAGGACUAGGGAGGAUGUUCCCUUACCUGGGGGCUCACUUGUCACAAUAUGCUCUCUAUCCACAUGCUUCAUCAGGAGGGGAGGGUUCUGGAUCUUCUCUUCCUAUGUUCAUGUGGACUUUUAAUGUGGUCAAUCGUGAAAGUUUGUGGAUUAAGUUUUAACAUAGAAUUUAUCAUGGGUCCCUUUCAUGUCUCCCAGAAUGUUUGUUUUGUUAUGCAAUAUAAAGAGAGAAAGGAAAAGGUCCUCUCCAUGAAUGGACGUUUGAGCAUCACCAUAUGACAUUUCUUUUAACAUGUGUCGCUAGCAUAAUCUAACUGUGUUGCGAUUUCGGAAUUUAGAAACAUCGUUGGUAUUUGGUCAUGUAAGAGGUUAUUUUGGUUGCUCCCUCUGCUAGCUUGAAUGGAUAUCAUCCUGCUAUAGAUGAGCUUGCAUGAGAAAAUCUCAGGUGCUAAGACUAAUAUUUACCUUCGUUGGUGGCAGUUUGAUGGGACGGAAACUUGUGAAUGCAGACAUGGAUGAGAAGCGUAACGGUGUUGCAGGGAAGUCAAAUGGCAUGUCACAGGGUGGUGGUGCUCGCGUUUCUGCUAGGAGUACUUCGGUAGACCAUUAUCAAGGGAAAGAAAGGGGAGAGUUGGAAAUUGUUGAGCAUCAGGAUGUGUUAGAUGUUAAGAACACAAACAAUGGAAACUCUGAAGCAGCACGCCUGCAGGCGGUUGCUUUGGUGACCGAAAAGCAUGGAGACGGAAACAUCUCAGCCAAUGCAAACAAUGUGCUGUCACCUGUCAGUGGAAAGAGCUCAAAGCAGAGCUCGCCGAAAUCAGUGAGAAAGGUCUUCCGACAUGAUGACAAGCAUUAUGAUGAAGACGACAAGUGCUCAGUUGCUUCCUCAACUGCUGCAUCCGUUCGAACUAUUAAAUCUGUCACUGUUGGCACAGCUCCCACUUUCAAAUCUGCUGAACGUGCCCACAGGCGAAGGGAGUUUUAUACAAAAUUGGAGGAAAAACACAAAGCUCUGGAGACUGAGAAAAGCCAGGCUGAGGCCAGGACCAAGGAAGAGCAGCAAGCAGCCAUCAGGCAGAUGAGAAAGAACAUGGUGUUUAGAGCAAACCCAGUGCCUAAUUUCUACUAUGAGCCACCUCCACCGAAGACUGAACUGAAAAAGCUGCCAUUGACGCGGCCAGUAUCACCGAAGCUAAACCGGAGAAAGAGCUGCGGAGAUGUAGCUGUGAGCACAUAUCAGGAGCAAGAUCAACAACAGGUCAUCAGCAAGCAUUGUGCCAGGCAGCGCCACAGCCUUGGCAGCCAUGCCCAUAAAGAAUCCCCAUCUGGUCCAAGAGCCAGGACUCGUACCAGCAGCGGUGGACAGACAGCAAAUGGCAGUACUCACCACAACAAGGCAAAAAGGGAUUCUGGGUCAGAACAACAUGUAACAACUACUACCACCACAAAUGCUGCUGCUCCUGCAAACAUGGCCGCUGAGCAGCCAAGCGCCAACAUCUCUGUUGAGUCAUGAACCUGUUCUGCUGCAGGGUUUUUUUUUAUUUCGCUAACCUGUUCGAAGAAAAUGAUGAAAAGGGAAUGGGGGGAAGGAGAGACAGAUUGUUACGAUUUCGAUUUUAGGGUUUAUGAUGAUGGUGGUGUUGGGAUGUUUUGAGAAGGAAUAGCCUUAUGCUUGCAUUUCCCAGAACUGAUGGCUUUUGAUAUUUUUCUGAAGUGGAUUUUUUGUCUUUUGACUGAAUUUGUAUAUGGUCUGUAAUGGAGAAUUAUGAGUACAUAUUAAUCUUUGGGUUGUUGUGUAUAAGGACCCCCGCUCAUUCCAAGUCCUGCCAUUUUUCUGUUGCUAAUAGUUGCCUUCAAUAUUUGGUCAAAUUUGUACUGCCACUGACUCACUGUGAUUUGCUUCGUAGUUGUAAUAGUUAUGUUAAUGGUCUCCUUUGUAUGU